AUUAAAUGUUGCAAUUCCAAUUAUGCCAGUUUCGAAGCAGGGGGGUUGGGGGGAGCUGUUGAUUACUGUAUUUGCAUUUUGCACAUUUGCAUACAUGUUUGCAUAUUUAUAGGCUAAUAUAAUAGAUGCUUGUUUGUAAAAUACUGUGUAGAAAAGAUUUAAAACAACAUAAAAAGAGCUUUCACAUUAUAACGAGGUAAGACAUAUGUUCUGUAUAUGAGUGUGUUUAUAUAUAUAUUUAUUUAAUUUUAUUUAAUAAUAAUUUGCCCACUGAUAUAUCAACUAUUUACAAUAAUAAUUACUAAUAUUAUAUUACAGAGGGCUAGAGGCCAUUGGAAACCUGCAUAGGCUUUUAAUCAUGACCCCUAGUUUUAUCUACUUAGUUAUAGAUCGAUGAAUAGCAUUAAAGGGGAAGUCAAGUCCGUUCUGCGCAUCGGUUCUGCUCAUAACAAUGUGAGGACCUCUAAUGUGAACAUUGCCCAAAUUUCGAAUGUUUCGAAUUUUUCUGAACAUAAACUCUAUUUCAUAUUCAUGUAGAAGCAUAGCGAACCAAAAUGUUGUUAGAUAUUCAGACAAUACAUCAUAUUUUUAAAAAUACAGCAGUUCAAAAUGUAAACAAACUGUUUGUUUACAUUACGGACUUGACUUCCCCUUUAAGAAUAUCUGCAAUAUUGGUUAUUAUAUAAAAUAUUUUAUAUACAAUGAUGAUGUCAUCCCAACAUCUAGCCUGCGAAUACAGACUCUAUAUAAAUAGAGUCUGUAUCUACAGGCUACCCGACAUUGCAUUUUGAUGUUUCAUAAAUAUAUGCACUUGGUAAACCUACUGUACACACUUCAGGGAGGGGUGUUAGCCCCCCCCCAGUUUGUUGGGCAAACAAAGCCAGUCGGGCAAUAUUUGCAUCACAGUCUGGCAAUAUUGGCUUAUUAUAAAAAUAAAUGGGACAAAUUCUGUCAAUUUUGUGGGAAAUAUGAUAUCUAAUAGGAGUUUUUCGUAAUCACUCCUCCCCUCCCAACGCAGGCACAAUCCGAAAAAGUCGGGCAAAUUUCUUUCCGCCCCCCCUAAUUUUUUCCUUCCCGUACACCCAUGUUUUUAUCAUCCUGUAACAAGGUUGAGGAGGCCAACAGACUCUCAACAAGUUAUUCCAACAAAUGUGCAUGUAACAAGUUGUUAACAAGCUCACAACGACUCACUAUGAACUACCCUGAUAGCAGAGCCUGAUUUCCCCUCACGUAGAAAAUAAGGCUCUGCAGUAUUCGUGUUUUUGUUCGUCCAAAAUUCUGGACGAAGUAAACCGGUAAUAAACCAGUUCUAACCGGUUUUGAAUGCGCGCGCCUUCGUUUUGUAUGUAAACCGAUGACUACAAUUUGAGCCCGCUAUAUAUAUUUACAAAAUUUAAAACUUUAUACUUUAUAACCAAAAUUCGGCUGACAAUAACUUAAAUAUACUGAAAAGUAACGUAGGAUAAAAUAAACUAGCAAGUUAGCAAUUGUAAAAAUAUAGUAAUAGUUUGAUUUCACAACUGAAAAGUGACAAAACUAUCGAUUUGAAAAUGUUAAUGUAUUGUUUAUAUUGUCGUAAUUGUACAGCACGUGCAGUUGCACGCGCCCAGCAUGUAGCGAUAACUGCAUGCGAUUGGUUCUCUAAAUUUAGCAGUCAUUCUAAAAAUACAAGUGAUCUUUGACAUGUUUUGACAUAUUGGAAACAGAGCAUGCUCGACAGAAAUUAAACACGAAUACUGCAGAGCCUUAUUUUCUACGCGAGGGGAAAUCAGGCUCUGCUAUCAGGGUAACUAUGAACAGCUUGUAUCAGUCUAAUUGUUGGAACAACUUGUAGUACAGCCCAGGUACCCACCUGAGUACCAGUUGUCCUACCCAUGACUCCAGCCUUAUUUUCCCACCCGCAAGUCCUCCCCCUGAAACUGGCUGCUAUGCAGGCUACUUGUAGUAAAUCUGUUACCAUCAUCAACCUUGUAACCACUGUGAUAACAACUUAUUCCAAACUUUUCACAACAACUGCAUGGGAACAGGCUGUGUGAAUAACACAACAACAGGAAUAAUGAACCCAGUUUAUGAAUGGACUCUGGUCAUUUACAGUAUUAGUGCAAGUGCUUACAGCCUGAGUGAUAGCACAAAAUAUCUGGGCUUAUUUAAUUUGCAUGUACCUUAUCAUCAUUCCAAUUUCUUUUGAUUAGAUUUGGUCAUGUCUUUAACCUCAACCGUGAUUGGCUCAUUUCGUAAACCAGAUUACUUGGCUGAGAUCAUAUCUGACUGGUUCACUGUAACUUCACAAGACAACCAUGAAUAUAUCCUUAAAUAUAACAAGUUCAGUAAGAAGAACAACCUAGAAGAAAUGGAAAAAGUUAUUUUGAAAGCAACAUCAGAAAUUCUUAAGCUGCAAGAAGAGAUUGGAAUUGAUGUUGUUACAGAUGGUGAGUUAAAAAGAGAAAAUUAUGUUUAUUAUUUUUGCCGCAAGUUGAAUGGAUUUGACUUUGAAAAAUUGACUAAAGUUACCUUACGUGAUGGUGCCUACACAUCAAAACUGCCAACAAUCACUGGUCCAGUUAGCUCAAAAGAAAAAGAUCCAUGGAUUUGGAGAGAGUGGCUGGCUGCUCAGGAAAUGUCAAAAAAACCUGUCAAGGUGACCCUGCCUGCCCCGUUAACAAUCAUCAAUACAUUUAUGAAUGAAUACUACAAGGACAAUGAAAGAGAGCUUAGUGAAAUUUUAGUGAAAGAAAUCAAUAAUGAAGUGGUGGCUCUUUCCAAAGCUGGUUGCAAGUAUAUUCAGGUAUAUUAAAUGGUUAUCCUAUUCCAAGUAAAUUAUGUGUAGACAAUUGACUAAUUGGGCUGUUAAGACUGUUAAAUAUAUCGCUAAUAGGUAUCUGCAUUUUGACACGCCACAUCCUCUUGCAGAUUGAUGAGCCUCUUAUGGUCCGCUUUCCCAAGAAUGCUCUUUCUUAUGGUAUUGAUGACCUGGCAAAAUGUUUUGUUGGUGUCUUAGACAAUACCACUAAAGUUGUACAUCUCUGUUGUGGUUAUCCUUUGUAUUUGGUGAGUUUUAUUUAAUGAGUUAAAACGUUUUGUAUAUGAAAUGUUUUUACAUUAGAAAAAGUAUCUGGUGGUUCUACUUUACAAAUACUAUCAUGAUGAUAAUAAGUGGCAAUGCACCCAGAAAUGUACCCUAUACUAGGCCAAAUAAAAAAAAAAUUGGUUAGCGUCACCGCCCGACUCUCGAUUUUCUGCCGCCUCUGAAUUUUUUAAAUUUUUUUUUAUGUAAAUCUCUUCGUUUUACAGCUUAAAACAGUUUAAUAUUUGAAAUAUUUCUCAUGUUCAGACCUUCGCGCUAUAUACUGAUCGAUAGGAGCGCGUAGGCUUGGGUAUACAAAGUUCUUUAAUAUAGCAAAAUGGCGGCCUUCGCAACAUCGGUACAAAAAAUAUCACCUAUAGGGUGGAAAAACCGCCCCCAUCCCCCCAAAAAAUACUAUUAAAAAAUUUAAAAACGAGUAAAAAUUUUAAAAAAAACCGCCCGCCCGCCUCUGAAAAUUUGUGAGAGUGUGACGCUACCAAGUUUUUUUUUUAUUUGGCCCUACUUAAUUAUUAUAUUUUAAUUUUUCUUCUAAUUUUUCUUUUACUGCCUAAUGCCAGCAUUUAAAUAUCAAGGAGAGAGUACUAGCACUCAUUGGUUAAUAUUUAAUUAAUAAUUAUUGUAAUACAAUGACAUUUGGCUCUCAUGAUAUGUUUGUACAAGAGGUCCUUAAUAAUUUUUACAUUUUGAAGAGUCAUAGAAAUAGGCAAAUUUGCAAUAGGUAAUUAUGAACUAGGAAAUACCCUAACCCAUUGUUCAAUUCUGAACAGGACCAACAGGAUUACCACAAAGCAGAUCCUUCUGUAUAUUUCCAACUUGCAGAAAAAUUGGACAAUGCUGGGUUUGAUGAAAUCUCUAUAGAAGAUGCUCAUCGGCACAAUGAUUUGUCAUUAUUUGAUCUCUUUAAAAAAUCUAAAGUAAGUAAGUGGGUGAUAUUCAUCAUCUUGUUAUUAUGCCUGCUAUUUUUUAUACUUGUGUCGAACUUGGAAGUAAAAGCCAAAGGCUUGCGCAAAUGGAGAAAAAAGCUACGAAAUCUAAAAAUGCUAUUGCAAGGUUGCGCCGACUAUUAAAUUAAAGAACAUGAUUAGAUAGGCAAGAUUUUGUGUUUUCAAAGCUUAUAGUGAGCUGCAACAAUAAAGCUUAUCAGUUCAGCUGAGUUAUUAAAUGCGUGAUGAGGAAUGCGAUUUGCCUCGGUUUUCAUAAUUUCAUUAAUAUUUUCCGCAGUUAAUGUAUGUGCGUUGAAAUCACCGUUCGUUCUAAAUUACAAUCCUAACUUUUGCGUGGGAAUUUGCAAUUAACAUAUUGCGCUGAAAUCAUGAACAGUGGUGACUUUUCUGUUUCAGUGUUUGUGAAAUGGUUUAUGAAAUAUAAAAUUGUUGCAUUUUAGAUCAUAUUAGGCGUAGUGCAGGUAGCCAGUAGCAGAGUGGAAAGUGUUGAAGAGAUACGAGAUCGAGUUCAACAAGUAUUACAGCGUGUCCCUCGAGAACGAUUGAUUAUUGCUCCUGAUUGUGGUCUAGGCUUUCUGCCUGAAGACAUCAUGAGAAAAAAGUUGCAAAACAUGAUCCAGGUUUGCCAAUCUAUAUAAUAGAUAUUUAUUAAUGUAGAUAGACAAUUAUGAAUGAACAAUAUGCUAUACAACCACAGGAAGCAGUAUAAAAUUAAAAAUAUAUAUACUUAAUCAAAUGCCAUCAUAUAGUUCCUCUCGCCAAUGAACAAAUAGAGAGUUUGGCAACCUGGAACGGCAAAAAUAUAAUUGCUUAUAUUGUUGUAUUUGAGCCAAAGUAUACGUUACUACACUUAAUUUGCCAAGCUUUAAAGUAUUCCUGUUUCUUUCAAACGUACCUUAAUCAAGAAGUGCAAGGGCGGUAGAGUUUGCUCUUCGUUAAUUUAUACGCUAAAUUGUCGUAAU